AUGUCAUCAGCAUCCCCUCCCUUCUGUUUACACCAAAUGGAAAAUCUUGUCUUCUUCUUCCUUUAUCCUCUACUUUGCACCUUAGCAGUUCAUUCCACAGAUAAUUACCUCACGCUGGAUAUAGCUAUUAACUGUGGUUCAACUGGCAUUUCAACCGCUUUCAAUAACAAAGAAUGGACUGGAGAUAUAACAGAAUCAAAAUCUACUUCCUCACUAUUGAUAAAGGGCUCAUCCACCACAUCAACUGCCUUCCAUAAUUUUGUUUCAACAGAUCCCAUUCCCUACCAGACAGCUCGAAUCUCUCGCAAGCAAUUCUCUUACACGUUUCAACUGGGGCUUUCAACUCUCCUUAGAAACUUUAGCACUUCACUAACUGCUGAUGCCCUCGGUGUGAAGUUUUUGGUUAAGGAGUAUUGCAUGAAUAUAGAACAGAAUCAACCCCUGAGUAUAAUUUUCUCUCCUGAACAUAGUCAAUCUGCUAAAACGUAUGCUUUUAUAAAUGGAAUAGAGGUAAUACCCAUGCCUAGUGAUCUUGAUUAUUCUCAUGAUGAUGAUGAUAUUGGAGCCCGAGUGGUUGGCCAAAAAUCUCGAUUCUAUAUCGAUAACAGCAUUGUGCUUGAAAUUAUGGAGCGAUUAAAUUUCAGAUGGGACCCUAUUCCUUAUCCUGGCAUGUUUGGGAAAUGGGCAAUUGUUCCUGAUGAAAAUAUCAAAGAUUUUACCUGGAAAACGUCUAUGGAUGUUGGAUUCGGAUACUUGCUCGGGCUUCAUUUAUGCGAGAGAGGACUUCAGAUGGCAGAGACUAGAAACAGCGUAUUCAGUGUCUCCAUAAAUGACAUGAUUGCAGAAACUAAUGUUGAUAUUGGCGUCGUCAGUGGAAUCCAUUUGCACAGAGACUAUAUGGUGAUGGUGAAAGGAAACAAAGAAGAUGGCAGGCGUGAUAUAUCAAUUUCCCUGCAGUUAAAUGAUGAAUUGGUAAGUGAACUCUUCAGAGGAUUGGAGAUAUUGAAGUUGAGCAGCCACGAUAACAGUCUUGCAAGUCCAAACCCCUCCCCUCCCAGACGAUCUUCAAAAUCCGCUACAGUGCUAAAUUUACAGUCAUUUUUUGGUCAUGGAAAUGCAAUUGCUACUGGUGCAGUAAUUAUAAUAUCCCUAGUCAACAUCAUUACUUAUAAUUUGCGAAAAAUUUGGGAAGAUAACUGUACCAAUUCUGGAUACAAACCAUCAAACUUGACUGAAAAACUAUAUCGUCCUUUUUUGCUUACUGAGAUCCAAUCAGCUACUGAGAACUUCAAUGAUGCACUUGUUAUUUGGGAGGGGCAAGGGGCGCGCGAGUUUUGGACAGAGGUCGAAACCCUUUCGAAGCUCCAACAUACUAAUAUCAUUUCUUUAAUCGGACACUGCAACAAGUGCCAAGAAAUGAUCCUUCUCUAUGAAUAUGCUUCUAAUGGCACAUUGGCUGACCAUCUCUCUGGACUCAGUGGAGAUAGCGAUUAUCACUCUUCUCUCUCUUGGAAGCAGCGACUGAGGAUCUGCACAGGGGUAGGCCGAGGAUUAGACUACCUGCACACUGGCACUGAUCAAGGAAUCAUACACUAUGACAUAAAGGCUUCAAACAUCUUGCUGGAUGAAAAUUUGGAGACUAAGAUUUCAGAUUUGGGUUUAGCCAAAGCUUGA